AUGAGGGUGUUAGCGGUGGUGGCGUCUUUGGCGGUGCUGGUCCAUGGGAGGCCGGAGGCGGGAUACUCCUACCCCUCGCCGCCGUCCCAGAGCUACGGGACGCCCGGAGGAGGAUUCAUAGGCGGCGGACACGGAGGCGGUAGCGGCCUGGGCGGCGGCUUCGGCGGCGGCCACGGGGGCGGCGGCUUCGGCGGCGGCAGCGCUAUCGGCGGCGGCGGCUUCGGCGGCGGCAGCGGGCUGGGAGGCGGCUUCGGCGGCGGCAACGCCAUCGGAGGCGGCUUCGGCGGCGGCAGCGGUCUCGGAGGCGGGUUCGGCGGCGGCUCCGGAGGAGGCUUCGGCGGCGGCUCCGGCGGCGGAUUCGGCGGCGGCUUCGGCGGCGGCUCCGGCGGCGGCUUCGGCGGCGGCCAGCUGGUGACCAAGCACAUCUACGUGCACGUGGCCCCGCCCGAGCCCGAGGACAACAGGCCGAGGCCCACGUUCGCGCCCGCCCAGAACAGGAAGCACUACAAGAUCGUGUUCAUCAAGGCGCCGACACCACCCACCCCCACCGCCGCGGCCAUCCCGCCCCUGUCGCAGGACCAGGAGAAGACCCUCAUCUACGUGCUGGUCAAGAAGCCCGAGGAGGCGCCCGAGCUCACCAUCCCCACGCCCGCGCCCACGCAGCCGUCCAAGCCCGAGGUCUACUUCAUCCGCUACAAGACCCAGAAGCAGGUGUCCGGCGGCGUCGGCGGCGGGAUCGGCGGCGGGAUCGGAGGCGGCAUUGGAGGAGGCAUUGGAGGAGGCAUUGGAGGAGGCAUUGGAGGAGGUAUUGGAGGAGGCAUCGCCGAUUCCGGCAUCGGCGGCACCGGCAUUGGCGGCGGCCUGGACAUCGGCGGCACCGGCAUCGGCGGCGGCUCCGGCAUCGGCGGCGGACACGGAGGCAGCAUCGGCGGCGGACACGGAGGGAGCAUCGGCGGCGGCCACGGGGGCAGCAUCGGCGGCGGCCACGGCGGGUCCGGCGGCGGCGGAGUGUCCACGGCCUACGGCGUGCCCGGCUCCGGCGGCAGCGGGCCCUACUAG